UGCGUUGUCAACUGUGUUUUUCAUACAAACGAGUUUUUUGACGAAAAAAUACAAGAUAUUUAUGAAAAAUAUAUAAUUUGGAAGAAAUUAUAGAUGUGUUAUGUGGUUUAAUUGUUUAUUCGUACAAAAUCGGUGAAGAUUUGUGUGUAUUUGUCGCUAUAAUGUUGGAUCACAUGUCUGGGAUGGUUUUGUUUACAAAAAUGAAAUGUACAUAACAAUAGCGACAUAAUAACAUACAGUACAAAGUUAAAAUACAUUUCAAUGGAUAAUCUUUCAUCUAAUUCGCGUAGCAGCUCGCGAUACUCAAAAUCAGUUGUACUUCCUCGCAUUAAAACGGACCAGAAACACAAGGAAUUACCGAGAACUAGCCAUGAAAAUUUGGGGACAGAUUUUGGCCGAAUCAGCUCAAGAGAUCAGGAUGACGAUUUCAACAAGUACAUUUUAGAAAGGCUUGAUUUCACAGAAAGGUCAUUGGAAACGGAAAGGCGGGAACGGAAUAUAUUAGAAGAACAUGUGAGGGGUUUAGUGUCUAACUUACAAAGAUUAAGCAAAGAUAUGGCAGCCUUACAACAGCAGUUGAAAUCAGAGGAAAGUAAUGCUCAUUCCCAAAAUGUGGCUUUAAAAAACCUUGAAAUGCAUCAGGUUUCUGGUAUAGGUGAUGUUUGGAACAGGCUCACUCUUGGUGACUUAAACACCAUCAAGUUAUCUGGUGAUUUGAACAAACUGUCUGGCGAUGUCGAAGAUUUAAAAAGAAGCCGAGAACGCUCGAAAGAAAACCUUGAAAAGUUCUCUAAAGAUGUUCAGAGUUUGGGUACGAAAGUGGAAAAAUCUAGCUGGGAAUUUGAGAAAAAUUUGCAAGUGCUUAAAGUUGAACUCGAUUCAAAGGUUGCCACCCUGGAGCGAAAUCUGGAAAUAGCAGACAAAUGGAACGAAAGGAUGGGAAAACGAAACCAGCGGUCAGAUGGGAAUGAAUAUCCGAGACAAGAAUUCGAAGACAACUAUUUGCAAGCUCUCAAAAAUUUUGAGCUUCGUUUCGAUCAAUUUGUGGAGAAUCAGGAAUCUUGGAAAGAAGGGGUUAACAAAAGGUUUUCAGUUUUCGAUGAAGAUUUACUUCAAAUGAAAGAAACAACGAGCAUAAAUUACGAAGGCUUGACAACAACGAUUGAUGAUUUGAAAACAAACCAGAAGAGAGCAUUGGAAAAAUCUCUAGAGGGCAUUAAGGACAGCUAUCGAGAAGCGUUCCGGGCAGUUUAUGAGAGUAUUACGACAAUGCAGACAGUGUUAGAGGCAAAAUUGAAGAUGACUGAAGCAGAUCUUAAGACUUCUAUAAAUAGCAUUUUAAAAACAAUUUCACAAUGA